AUGAAUGGAGAUUUUAUAAUUGGAGGGAUUUUCACAAUUCACUACUAUGCUAACUUUGAGCAGAACACCUACACCAGGCUACCACUACAGCCACGGUGCUCUGGGAGCAUGGACUUCAGGGAGCUGCGCUUCGCACGCGCCUUGACGUUCACCAUUCAUGAGAUCAACAGCAGAACAGAUCUCCUACCGGGAAUCACGUUGGGCUACCAGAUAUACGACUCGUGCUCUUCCUCGCCUAAAGCAGUUAACGUUGCAUUUCAAUUUGUGAAUGGUUUUGACCCAGCUUUUAAUGUCCGUCAUUCCUGUCCUAAAUCCUCACCUGCCGCGGUGUCAGGUAUCGUUGGAGAAACGUCUUCCACCCCGCCAAUUAGCAUGGCUAGAAUAUUGGGUCUUUUUGGAAUUCCACAGGUGAGUGUCUACGCAACCUGCGCGUGUCUGAACGAUAAACGUCAGUUUCCUACCUUCUUUAGGACAGUACCUAGUGACCAAACCCAAGCGGUCGCACUGGCGCGAAUGGUGAAGUAUUUUGGCUGGACAUGGAUUGGAGCAGUGCGCAGCGACACGGACUACGGAAACAACGGAAUGGCAGCGUUCCUAAAAGCUGCGCAGGAGGAGGGGAUCUGUGUGGAGUACUCCGAGGCCUACUACAGGACACAGCCGCGCAGUAAACUGGAGAGAGUGGCAAAUGUCAUACGCAGAUCAACAACCCGAGUAAUAGUAGCGAUUCUAGCCUCGGGCGACAUGAAGUUUCUUAUAGAGGAACUGGCACGAGAACCUCUGCCGCCGCUUCUGUGGAUCGGCAGUGAGACGUGGAUUACCGAUGCAGAAUUUUUGCGGUUUAACAUAUGCGCUGGUGCAUUAGGUUUUGGAGUCCCCCGGUCAGUUAUCCCAGGUUUUCAUGAGUUUCUAAUAGACCUCUCUCCAUCACAAGUCCUAAAAUCGCCCCUAUUAACGGAAUUUUGGGAGCGCUCGUUCAACUGUAGCCUAAAAGGGAGGACAGACCUCUCUGUGGGUGUGCGUCAGUGUGAUGGCAGUGAAGAUAUCCGCGCGCUACAGAACCCAUACACAGACACGUCUCAGUUGCGCAACACUAACUUGGUGUAUAAAGCUACGUACGCCAUAGCGCAUGCAAUUCAUGGUGUUAUUUGUAAUGACACUCAGUGUGACAAGACCAUUACAUUAUCACCAUGGCAGGUACACAACCAGCUAAAGAAAGUGAAUUUCACCACAAAGAAUGGUGAUCUGGUCAACUUUGAUUCAAAUGGGGAUCCUUUGACAAUCUAUGAGCUCAUAAACUGGCAGUUUAAGAAAGAUGGUGCUUUAGACUUUGUGACAGUGGGCUACUAUGAUUCAUCCAAACCGAGAGGACAGGAGUUCAGAAUGAGCAGUGCUAUCAGCUGGCCUGGAGGACAAACAGAGGUGCCAGUGUCUGUGUGCAGUGAGAGCUGUCCUCCAGGCACCAGGAAGGCUGUGCAGAAGGGAAGACCUGUCUGCUGUUUCAAGUGUAUACCAUGUGCUGAAGGAGAGAUCAGUAACAAAACAGACUCUUUGGCUUGUCUGCACUGCCCUGCUGAGUUCUGGCCCAACACAAAACAAGACAGCUGCCUCCCCAAGCCUGUUGAGUUCCUGUCCUUGGAUGACUCUUUGGGCAUUAUACUGACAGUGUUCUCUGUUGUUGGAGUCUUUGUGUCUGUAUGUAUAGCUGCUGUCUUCUACAAACACAGGGCGUCUCCCAUCGUCCGAGCUAACAACUCAGAGCUGAGUUUCCUGCUGCUCUUCUCUCUGACUCUGUGUUUCCUCUGUUCACUUACUUUCAUUGGUCAGCCCUCUGAGUGGUCCUGUAUGCUGCGCCACACAGCGUUUGGGAUCACCUUCGUCCUCUGCAUCUCCUGUGUUCUGGGGAAAACAAUAGUGGUGUUAAUGGCCUUCAGGGAUACACUUCCAGGCAGUAAUGUUACAAAAUGGUUUGGGCCUUCACAGCAGAGACUCAGUGUUCUGGCUUUCACUCUUAUACAGGUUCUUAUAUGUGUUAUUUGGUUAAAAUUAUCUCCUCCAUUCCCUUUCAAAAAUGUAAAGCUCUACAAGGAAAUAAUUAUUUUGGAAUGUGGCUUAGGUUCAACUAUAGGUUUCUGGGCUGUACUGGGUUAUAUAGGACUCCUGGCUUUCUUGUGUUUUAUUUUGGCUUUUCUAGCUCGGAAGUUGCCUGAUAACUUUAAUGAAACCAAAUUCAUCACAUUUAGUAUGCUUAUAUUCUGUGUAGUUUGGAUCACCUUUAUUCCAGUUUAUGUCAGCUCUCCUGGAAAAUUCACUGCAGCUAUGGAGAUAUUUGCUAUUCUGGCCUCAAGCUUUGGUUUGAUUAUUUGUAUUUUUGCUCCCAAGUGUUUCAUAAUUGUGUUUAGGCCAGAGCAGAAUACCAAGAAACACCUUAUGGGUAAAGUACCUUCUAAAGCUCUUUAA